GUUAGUUUCACUUCUUCAGUGGGAGAUGCAGUGGUUUUAUCUCAACCCCACUCCAUUUCCUUUCACCCUUCUGGACUGAGAUGGUAAAAAUGAUAUGCACAUUUCCUCAGUUGCAGCAACUGAUUCAGUGACAGAGGAAACAGAACACAUCAACAACUCACCGUACACAACCGACUCCUUCAACUCUCACACUUUCUCUCUGUUUGGUCGUCGUUCAGGAAGGUCGAGUCACACGUAGUGAUGUCCCUCAAAAUGGAGCCCCAAUUUUGUCUGAUGUUUCUCCUACUGAUGUCAGGAGCUCCUGGGAAUCAAUGGAGUGUGAAAUACAGCAAACUACAUCUCUGUGCUGUAAAAGGAUCUACAGUGGUUAUGGAGGCCACUUACACACAUCCAACAGAUGUUACAGUGAAUAACAGGUUUUGGUUUAUAAACCCAGUUAAGGGUGUAGAAGUGACUGAUCUGAGUAAUGAAUCAGGUUACUCAGGCAGAGUGGAGUAUUUAGGAGAUAAACAGAAUCACUUCUCCCUCAGACUGAGUGAUGUGAAGAAAUCAGAUGAACACAUGUACUGCUUCAGAUUCAGAACAACUAAAGAUAAAUAUCAGGGUGUUCCUGGAAUUACACUCAGAGUUACAGAUCUUCAGCUGAUCGCUCCUGCAGAAGUGACAGAGGGAGAAUCAGUCAUUCUGACCUGUAAAACCACCUGCAGUCUGACUGAUCCAACAUUCAUCUGGUACAAAAACACACAUGAUUUAACCACAAACACCUUCAAGAGCAACGAACUCCACCUGCAGAGGGUCAGCAGUGAGGAUGCAGGCAGUUAUAACUGUGCUGUAAGAGGAUCUGAACAUCUCCCAUCUCCUGCUCAAUACCUCAGUGUCAGAUAUCCUCCGAAGAACAUGUCCAUUAGCCCCUCAGGUGAGAUUGUGGAGGGAAGUUCAGUAACUCUGACCUGCAGCAGUGACAGUAACCCACCUGUGGAGAACUACACCUGGUUUAAGGAGAAUGAAGCAUCACCUGUAGGAUCAGGACAGAGUUACAGAGCUCUACAGAGUGGACUGUACUACUGUGAGGUUCAGAAUAAACUCGGCUCUGAGAGAUCAGCUGCAGUGUCCAUCACUAUAACUGGUGGCUCUAUAAUUGUGUAUGUGGCUGUUGGACUUGGACUUUUGGGCUUGCAGCUCUUCUCUUUGCACUCUUCUGGCUGA